AUGAGUCCUGCAACUGAAGCGGCUUCCACCCCGGCCUCCAACGGCCUACCGGCUCUACGGCGAGUCAUCACCGAGCACGACACAGAUGGCAAGCCCAUCAUCAACAAGACACUCUCGCAGAUUCCUCCGUAUAUCAGCCCUCCCGGCCUGCACCUCUGUCUCGGCUACUCUCUGGAGGAGUCUCCCGCCAUCCUCGAGAACGACCAAGACCUGAAAGCAUAUCAAGACCGCCUCCCGCACAACGUCGACCUCAGCAUCCACGGCGGCACCGUGCUGCGAAUUGUGGAUUUCCUGCCUGGGGUGGAGGCCCCAAUGCACAGGACGGCAACGGUGGACUUUGGCGUCAUGAUGGAAGGCGAGGUGCAGCUGAUUCUGGGCAGCGGCGAGACGACGGUGCUGAAGAGAGGGGACAUCAUUGUGCAACGGGGGACGAUCCAUGCCUGGAAGAACAACAGCACGACGGAACCUGCGAGGGGGUUCUUCGUCUUGAUGGAUGCCGAACUGCCGACGGUCAACGGGACGAAGCUGGUUGAGGAGAUUCCCAGCCUGGAGCAGUGA